AGGCGGGGUUUAUAAAGGGGCGUGGUUUAGUGGGCUGGUUGGAGGGUCCUGAUGGGGGCUGAGUGGGAAAUGAGGCGCCAUGUGGAGGUGGGAGGAGCUUAGAGCAAAGGGGGCGGGGUUUGUUCCCGGGGUGUGUCUUAGAGAAAGUGGGGUUUAGGAGUGCCAUUUGGGGAGCCUUCGUGGAGAUAGCAAGCAAAAAGUUUCACAAAAAAAAGUUUCAGUUGUUCCCCUCCCCCAGGCCCCAGGACUAUUCCUCAAAGAAGAGUGGGAGGAGCUCACAGGGGAGUGGGCGGGGCUUGUCAAGGAAUGGAAGAGGGUCCUGGAACAGUGGGCGGGGAUAUGAGGCAGUGGGCGGUACCUGAGCGUUGGUGGGCGGGGCUUAGCCACAGGAGAAGGGUUUCUAGGGGAAGUGGGUGGGGCUUAAAGAGUGGGCGUGGACAGUGUGGGCGUGGCUCCCAGGGGACAGUGACAGGUCUGUGAGGCUCCAGAGCCCGCUGGGGGAGGACUAAUGGGGAGGUGCCUCGCUCAUCCACCCUCCAUGUCUCCACUGCUCCAGAGAGUCCCCACGCACCACUGUCCUCAGGCCUCACCACCAUGGAUGACGCCCCGCUGCCCGCGCCCCCCGGCCCCGCCCCGGCCCAGGCCCAGGCCCCGGCCCCCCGCGUGCCGUUCCACUGCAGCGAGUGCGGCAAGAGCUUCCGCUACCGCUCGGACCUGCGGCGCCACUUCGCGCGCCACACGGCGCUCAAGCCCCACGCGUGCCCGCGCUGUGGCAAGGGCUUCAAGCACAGCUUCAACCUGGCCAACCACCUGCGCUCGCACACGGGCGAGCGGCCCUACCGCUGCUCCGCCUGCCCCAAGGGCUUCCGGGACUCCACCGGCCUGCUGCACCACCAGGUCGUGCACACCGGAGAGAAGCCCUACUGCUGCCUGGUCUGCGAACUCCGCUUCUCCUCCCGCUCCAGCCUGGGCCGCCACCUCAAGCGCCAGCACCGCGGGGUGCUCCCGGCCCCGCUGCAGCCCGGCCUCCCGGGGCCCGGCCUGCCCGCCCUGGGCGCGCCCUGCGCCGCCUGCUGCAACGUGGGGCCCUGCUCCGUGUGCGGGGGCGCGGGCGGCGGGGAGGCCGCGGACGGCGUGGGCGCGGGCGGCUGGGGCCUGGCCGAGGCGGCCGCGGCCGCGGCGGCCUCGCUGCCCCCGUUCGCGUGCGGGGCGUGCGCGCGGCGCUUCGACCACGGCCGCGAGCUGGCGGCGCACUGGGCGGCGCACACCGACGUGAAGCCCUUCAAGUGCCCGCGCUGCGAGCGCGACUUCAACGCGCCGGCGCUGCUGGAGCGGCACAAGCUCACGCACGACCUGCAGGGCCCGGGCGCGCCCCCCGCGCAGGCCUGGGCCGCGGCGGCGGGGGCUGCGGGGCCCCCCGGCGAGGGGCGCGCGGAGGCCGGCGGCGCGCGGCCGGCCUGGGACGGCGGGCUGCUCCUGGGCGGCGAUCUGGGGGGACUGCACCCCGGGGAGGGCGGCGGGGAGGCCCCCGCGCCGGCGGAGCCCUCGGAGGACACCCUGUACCAGUGCGACUGCGGGACCUUCUUCGCCUCGGCCGCCGCGCUGGCCGGCCACCUGGACGCGCACUCGGGCCCGGCCACCUACGGCUGCGGCCACUGCGGGGCGCUGUACGCGGCGCUGGCGGCCCUGGAGGAGCACCGGCGGGCCAGCCACGGCGAGGGCGGGGGCGGCGGGGCGGAGGAGGCGGGGGCCGGGGUCUCCGAAGGGGACCCCGCGCCCCCCGGGGAGCCCGCGGCCGGCCCCGCGCGCAACAGCAAGAAGAUCUUCGGGUGCUCCGAGUGCGAGAAGCUGUUCCGCUCGCCCCGCGACCUGGAGCGCCACGUGCUGGUGCACACGGGCGAGAAGCCGUUCCCGUGCCUCGAGUGCGGCAAGUUCUUCCGCCACGAGUGCUACCUCAAGCGCCACCGGCUGCUGCACGGCGCCGAGCGGCCCUUCCCCUGCCACGUGUGCGGCAAGGGCUUCAUCACGCUCAGCAACCUGUCCCGCCACCUGAAGCUGCACCGCGGCAUGGACUGACCGCCCCGGCGGGGCCGGACUCGGGGUCCCCGGGGGGCGAGGGGGCCCCCAACCCCAGAUAAAGGGGGGCCACUGGCUGGAGAGAGAGAUGGAGCCACCAGAAACCCUUAUAGGCCCCGAGCUGGGGGGAGGGGGAGCGUCUAUGGGGAUCCCUGAGCUUGGGGACCGACCUCCCUGGAAUCCGAGCUGGGCACCCCCAAAUCAACCGGGCUGGGGAGACCUAGGAAUGAGAGCUGGGCCUCCACACGGACUUGGCACCUCGAGGGCCCGGAUAAGAGAUGGGCACCCCCUCUCCCCAAGGGAAGCCUGCCCCCUUCCCUGAGAGCCAUCAUUCCCAAAGACCUUGGUCUGGAGAAUGUGGGGGUGAUGGGGGGACCGUGCCCCUGGAAUCUCCCCCUGGGUCCCUCCAAAUGCACCCCCACACACACACACAAUCACCGGUGCCCCAGGUGACAAUACAGCCAGGACCUGCCUUCCCCGUUGCAUUCCCAUCCGACUGCGGAAUGGGCCAGCCCUCGUGGCCUCCCCUAGCCCCCCAACACUAGAUUAGGCCGGUUGGGCACCCCCCCUCCCGCCCAGUAGGAUGGACUGGGCCGGAAGUGCGGCCUCCUGUCCACUGGAACGGGCUGGCCCUGCGGUGGCCCGCGCCCCCUCUUCACAGCGAACCCCGCAGACACGCCCCCCUCUUCUGCGUCAUUCCCAUCCCGCCAGCUCCCCCGAGCGGGGCCGGCGGACCCCGGGGUCUCCUCCCACUCCGUUCUGGCACUGUCGGUCUUCCCAUCUCUGUCGGUGUGUCUGUCUGUCUCUGUGUGCCUCCCGACCCCAAGGGGAAGGGGGGGCUGGCCAGGGGGUGCUCCCCAUGAGCCUCGACCUCACCCCCUCCUCCCAGUCCUCUGUGUCUCUGAGACCCCAAUAAACCUCGUCCUCCUGUCUGUC